GUGAAUUUCGCAAGUUUCAAUAUAGUUCAAUAUCAGGCCUUCUAGGCAACAUAUUACCACCUCAGUCAGUUUUCGGCAAACACAUAGUGAAAUAUUUAAGAAGUCAGGCCAGUUGUGAAAACAUUGAGUUUAAAAUGAGGAGUUUUUGUGUAUUCGCUAGUGCUUUGCUGGUCCUGGCAGCUAGCGUUAAUGCCGCUAGUUUGAACCCAAGUGCACGCGCUGCCGACAAUGAGUUGUACAGUCGCUUUUUGUGCCGGAAUAAACCGAAUGGCUUCACGUCAAUGGUGCCCGGCAGUUGUACAAGCUACUACAAGUGUUAUAAUGGUGCGAGCCUACAAAUCGAUUGUCCCUACUACUAUGAUGGUGUGAGAAAUAUGUGUGUCGAUCGUAAUCCAGGUUGUGUUGAAGAUCUGGCUAAGUUACCAGCCCAAUCAAAACUUCUUGGUGCUGCACCAUGUAACGGCGUUGUUAAGGGUUAUGUUGUAGGUGCAAAUCAGGCAGAAUGGUAUCAGUGUUUAAAUGGUGCUGUGGUGAAUUCGGGCGUUUGCCCCAGUGGUCAGGAGUAUAAUUUGGUAUUAUUGCAAUGUGAUACAGCGUCUUUAUGCGGUGGAGCUAAUCAACCACCAUGCAGUGGAAAUGUUGUAACAACACCACCACCUUGUACAACGACAACUACAUGUGCACCAAUAACCACACCCACGACUACUACCUGUAAACCAACAACCACAACAACUUGUCCACCAACAACGACUACAACUUGUCCACCAACAACCACAACAACGACAACGAGAAGGCCACCAAUAACAACCACAACCACAUGUCCACCAACAAUAACAACAACGACUACUACGCGUCCACCAACAACCACAACCACUUGUCCACCAACAACGACUACAACUUGUCCACCAACAACCACAACAACGACAACGAGAAGGCCACCAAUAACAACCACAACCACAUGCCCACCAACAAUAACAACAACGACUACUACGCGUCCACCAACAACCACAACAACGACUACUACAUGUCCACCAACAACCACAACAACUUGUGCACCAAUAACAACCAAAACAACGACACCACCGACAAGGCCACCAACAAAUUCGACAACUCCGUGCAUAACAAUGACAAUAACCACAACUACUUGUACUACAACAACAAUAAAACCAGUACCAUGCACAAGGACAACACCACCAUGCACAACAAAACCGCCAUGCACAACAACUCCAUGCCCAACAAUAACAACAACGACUACUACCUGUGCACCAACAACCACAACCACUUGUGCACCAACAACGACUACAACUUGUCCACCAACAACCACAACAACGACAACGAGAAGGCCACCAAUAACAACCACAACCACAUGUCCACCAACAAUAACAACAACGACUACUACGCGUCCACCAACAACCACAACUACUUGUGCACCAACAACGACUACAACUUGUCCACCAACAACCACAACAACGACAACGAGAAGGCCACCAAUAACAACCACAACUACAUGUCCACCAACAAUAACAACAACGACUACUACCUGUGCACCAACAACCACAACCACUUGUGCACCAACAACGACUACAACUUGUCCACCAACAACCACAACAACGACAACGAGAAGGCCACCAAUAACAACCACAACCACAUGUCCACCAACAAUAACAACAACGACUACUACGCGUCCACCAACAACCACAACAACGACUACUACAUGUCCACCAACAACCACAACAACUUGUGCACCAAUAACAACCAAACCAACGACACCACCGACAAGGCCACCAACAAAUUCGACAACUCCGUGCAUAACAAUGACAAUAACCACAACUACUUGUACUACAACAACAAUAAAACCAGUACCAUGCACAAGGACAACACCACCAUGCACAACAAAACCGCCAUGCACAACAACUCCAUGCCCAACAAUAACACCACCAUGUCCACAAAGCGUAAAAUACUUAAACAACGAACCACACCAAGCGCCAGUCGAAAAAAUACAACCUAACAUAUAUGUACGACCAUCUCAGCAAGCCGUCCGACCCAUAUCUGUCUUACCACCACAAUCCCAUCAAUCUAAUAUGGAUUUAUAUAUAAAAUACGUUUGUCAAGGUAAACCAACCGGUUUCAUGUUACCCUCAUUGAGAAGCUGCAACGAAUACUACAUUUGCCGUAACGGUCAUGCACUGAAAGCCAGUUGUGGCAAUGCAUAUUUCAACGCUAUGAAGGGACAAUGUGAUUUACCUGAAAACAGCGGUUGCAUACAACCAUACCAGCAAUUACAUUGAAAUUUGAAACUUUGACAUGAACUAUAAAUGCCAAUUCGCAAGCAAAUAUGACGAAAGGAGAGAAACGAUAAUGUAACGUAUAGUAAUUAUAUUAUACUUAAAUAAAUACAUACAUGUAAAUGUGUAUAGAAAAUCUAAAUAUAAAUAAUAUAAAUAUUAUUGAGCAAGCAAUUCAUGAGAAUGUAAACAAA